UGAUCACAUGUACACACGGAAAUGCCGGUUAUCGGCAUUUCUCUCCUCUCGAGCUGGCACUGAUGAUCAGUGUGCCCUGAUGAUCAGUGUGGCCCCAGAAGUGCCACCUGUCAGUGCUCAUCAGUGCCACGUGCCAGUGCCCAUCAGUGCCACGUGCCAGUGCCUAUCAGUGCCACAUCAAUGCCACAUAUCAGUGCAUACCAGUGCACAUCAAUGCCACAUAUCAGUGCCCAUCUGAGCUGCCUUUCAAUGUCACCCAUCAGUGCCAGUCAGUGCCACCUAUCAUGCCAAUCAGUGCUGCCAAUCAGUGCCA